AUUCAGCUUUUAUAUUUCUGAAAUAGUUUUUUACUACUAUAACAAAAAUAUUAAAGCAAAUUUGAAAGUUUAAAUAAUUAUUCUUUAUAUAUCAGGCGAGUGUUUAUCGGGCGUAUCACGUGAUCCGUGCCCGGGGUAUACCGUCUGACCACAUAAUUGUCAUGCAUUACGACAACAUGGCGUACAAUCCUAUGAACCCUAAACCCGGUGCUGUUAUCAAUGACGUGAACGCUACGGAUGUUUACCACAACGUCCCUAAAGAUUAUACCGGCGAUGAUGUCGACCCACAGAUAUUAAUAUCGAUGUUGAAAGGUGAUUCAAAAUUAGAAAAACGUGGC